AUGAACCUUGGACUAAAAACCAAAUCCAUCACCGGAUUGAUUAUUGGACUUGUUGGAAGCUGUUUGACGUCGAUAAUUGCGAGACUUCUAUUCACUCAUGUUUAUACUGGAAUAGAACAUGCUCUAAUCGCAGCAAUUACUCUAAAUUCUCCUCUUGUAUUGAUUCUAUUUCAAUAUUUAUUCAUCUUUCAAGCAAAGCUCAACUGCCGUGUCGUGAGCCCAAGGAACAGCAAAGUGUCAUGGGCAAUCGUUCUACUCAACGUCUCAAUUUUCUGUAUGACAAUGUACUUAUAUCUCGAAGAUUUUGUUAUCAUCAUGUGUCUGCCCGUGGCUUACGAACUCGGACAUACACUGAUUACGAUGAGUACAUUGGUUGAGCUGGUAAGAGUGUUGAGAGGAAAGAUCGAGCUAAGAGAGGCUGGAGUGACGAAUCAAAACUAUGAAGAGGAGAAUAUUGUGGAGUUGGGAGAACUGGUGAAUUUGGAGAAUGGAGAAGCAGAAGUAAGAUCCGAGGACCUCAUCGCUUCGUGA